AUGACAAACCAGAGCUCCGAGCCACAUUUAUAUUUCUCUGCGACUAAAGAUGCAGCAGAAACGAAGUACUCGAGCAACGUACGUGGCUCGCAGGGACACUUCAACAGGCUGUCAAAAAAAAAAAAUCUAUGUGUCUGUGUGAUCGCGCGGAUCUCAGGUCCGCCCUCGGCGAUCUUCGCGAUACGACUGUCGCACCCGUUACACGGUAGCCUGCUGCCACCAGGAAUCUGCUACACGUGCGACGUGUGCGGCAAGACUCUCUCCACGAAGGAGUCCCUAAAGCGGCACAAAGAGCAGCAGCACUUUCAGCCCCUGAACAGCGCGGUCUGCGCGCUCUGCCACAAGGUGUUCAGGACGCUCAACAGCCUAAACAACCACAAGAGCCUCUAUCACCGUAGGAAGAAAUAGAAGUGAUUGCGCACGCGCGUG